CAUGUCCCUUUGCCCUCUUUUCCAGGCGCUUCCCUCCUGAAGAAUGGCGUCAGUUAGUCAGAGGCUGAGUUUCUAUGUCUCUCCUCUGAACAGGCAGUUGAUUUGUGGGGGGCCAGCUGUCAUCCACUGGGAGAGAAGAAUAGUUCCAGGGUGUUCCAGAAGUAUUUACAGCGCCACGGGGAAGUGGACGAAGGAGUACACACUCCAGACAAGAAAGGAUGUUGAGAAUUGGUGGCGUCGACGGAUAAAAGAGCAGGCAUCCGCAACUUCAGAGGAAGAUAAAUUGAAGCCCAAGUUCUAUGUGCUGUCCAUGUUUCCGUACCCUUCUGGCAAGCUGCACAUGGGCCACGUGCGUGUCUACACGCUCAGCGACACCAUUGCGCGGUUCCAGAAAAUGAGAGGCAUGCAGGUUAUCAAUCCCAUGGGGUGGGAUGCAUUUGGAUUGCCUGCCGAAAAUGCCGCCAUAGAGAGGGAUCUGCACCCACAAAGCUGGACGGAAAGCAAUAUUAAACACAUGAGGAAACAGCUUGACCGCCUCGGCCUGUGCUUCAGCUGGGACAGGGAAAUCACUACGUGUUUGCCAGAUUACUACAAAUGGACUCAAUACCUGUUUAUCAAACUCUUCGAAGCUGGACUGGCCUAUCAAAAGGAGGCCUUGGUUAACUGGGAUCCAGUGGAUCAGACAGUGCUUGCCAAUGAGCAGGUGAAUGAAUAUGGCUGUUCAUGGCGUUCUGGAGCCAAGGUAGAGAAGAAAUACCUCCGGCAGUGGUUCAUUAAGACAACCGCAUAUGCAAAGGCCAUGCAGGACACGUUGGCAGACCUCCCAGAGUGGUAUGGAAUAAAAGGCAUGCAGGCCCACUGGAUUGGGGACUGUGUAGGCUGCCACCUGGACUUCAUAUUAAAGGUUGAUGGAAAAGACACAGGAGAGAAAGUGACAGCCUACACAGCCACCCCUGAGGCCAUUUAUGGCAUUUCCCACGUGGCCAUCUCUCCUAGCCACAGACUUCUCCAUGGCUGCAGCUCUCUGAAGAAACCCUUGCAGAAGGCACUAGUCCCUGGCAGAGAUUGCCUCACACCAGUGAUGGCCGUGAACAUGCUCACCCUGCAGGAAGUCCCCAUCGUUGUCACGGCUGAGUCGGACCUGGAAGGCACCCUAGAUUCAAAAAUAGGAAUCCCCAGUACCAGCUCCGAGGACACCAGGCUAGCCCAAGCCCUGGGCCUGUGCUACUCUGAAGUCAUUGAAACUUCACCGGAUGGCACAGAGAGGCUGAGUGGAUCUGCCGAGUUUACAGGCAUGACCCGGCAAGAUGCCUUUUUAGCCCUGACUCAGAAAGCCCGAGAGAUGAGAGUGGGCGGAGAUGUGACAAGUAACAAGCUGAAAGACUGGCUGAUCUCACGGCAGCGCUACUGGGGCACACCGAUCCCUGUUGUCCACUGCCCAGCCUGUGGCCCCGUGCCUGUGCCACUGCGAGACUUGCCUGUCACUUUGCCCAGCAUCACGUCUUUCACCGGCAGAGGAGGCUCCCCACUGGCCUCGGCUUUGGAGUGGGUGAACUGCCCCUGCCCAAGGUGCAAGGGACCAGCCAAGAGAGAGACGGACACCAUGGACACCUUUGUGGACUCUGCAUGGUACUACCUCAGAUACACUGACCCUCACAACACUCAGAGUCCUUUCAGCUCAGCACUGGCAGACUUCUGGAUGCCUGUGGACUUGUACAUCGGAGGGAAAGAGCACGCUGUCAUGCACUUGUUCUAUGCAAGGUUCUUCAGUCAUUUCUGCCAUGAUCAAAAGAUGGUGAAACACAGGGAACCUUUCCAUAAACUGCUGGCCCAAGGCCUCAUCAAGGGACAGACAUUCCGCCUUCCAUCUGGACAGUGUCUGCAGAGGGAGGAUAUAGACUUCACAGGUCCUGCUCCUGUUUGUGCAAAAACAAGAGAGAGGUUAGAGGUGACAUGGGAGAAGAUGAGCAAGUCCAAACACAACGGGGUGGACCCCGAGGACGUGGUGGCGCAGUACGGGAUUGACACGACCCGGCUGUACAUCCUCUUUGCAGCGCCUCCUGAGAAGGACAUCUUGUGGGAUGUGAAGACUGAUGCACUCCCUGGCGUGCUGAGAUGGCAACAGCGGCUGUGGUCCCUGACAACACGAUUCAUCGAGGCAAGGACUUCCGGGUCAGUCCCCCAGCCUCAGCUGCUGAACAGCAAGGAGAAAGCCAGGGCCCGAGGCCUCUGGGAGUACAAGAACUCAGUCAUCACCCAGGUGACUACACAUUUCACUGAGGACUUUGCACUGAAUUCUGCAGUCUCUCAGCUGAUGGGACUCAGCGGUGCCCUCUUGCAAGCCUCUCAGAGAGUGGUUCUCCACAGCCCCGAGUUUGAGGAUGCCCUGUGUGCCCUGCUGGUGAUGGCUGCCCCCCUGGCCCCUCAUGUGAUCUCAGAGCUCUGGGCAGGCCUCGCGCUGGUACCAAGCAAGCUCUGUGACCAUUAUGCCUGGGAUGCUGGUGUGAUGCUUCAGGCCUGGCCCACUGUGGACUCAGAGUUCCUUCAGCAGCCCGACAUGGUGCAGAUGGCUGUUCUGGUCAACAACAAGGCCUGUGGCCAGAUCUCUGUGCCCCAACACGUUGCCCGGGACCAGGACCGAGUCUAUGAGUUUGUUCUCCAGAGUGAGCUGGGCACCAGGCUGCUGCAGGGGAGAAGCAUCAAGAAAGCCUUCCUCUCCCCGAGAACUGCCCUCAUCAAUUUUCUGGUGCAGGAGUGACCAGGACUUCGAGGACCCCCCUUCUCUUCCAAGAUCAAGGAAAGCCAUGUUAGCGCAUCAGGGACAUUGGCCUUUGUGCCAGGACCAGUUGGAGCCAGCAGGGCCCGUGUACUGAGGCCUGGACUAGGUGAAAACGGAUGUGGACAGGGAGGAAUGAGGAGAGCAGAUUCACUCAGUUGCCCCAUCCCUCCACUCCCACUCAGGGUGUGAGGCCACCAGAGUUGCUGCUGGGUGGGAGCAAGAGGGAGACAAGCAGGCAGGCUGGCAGGCGGCCAGGAGCUUCUGCACCUACCAUGGUGC